CCCGAGGUAUGGACCCGAGUCAUCAUUGAGAAACCCUUUGGUCGUGAUCUGGAAUCCGCCAAGGAGUUGUCAGAGCGCCUCAACAAACUCUUCACUGAACCCCAGAUCUACCGGAUUGAUCACUAUCUUGGCAAGGAAAUGGUGCAAAACCUGUUAAUUUUGCGGUAA